AUGUCUCCAACUGCAGAUGGAUACACAACUGAUGAUAUUGAAUUCUACUGGAAUGGAGGGGAAUCUGCUGUUAGCGGAGUUAAUAAAAUCGAGCUCCCUCAGUUCUCGAUUAUUGAUUACAAAAUGAUCUCAAAAAGAGUAGUGUUUGCAACAGGGGCUUACCCCCGUCUGUCCCUGAGUUUUCGACUGAAAAGAAAUAUCGGCUAUUUCAUUCUGCAAACCUACAUGCCUUCUACUCUAAUUACAAUUCUGUCUUGGGUAUCCUUCUGGAUCAACUAUGAUGCAUCUGCUGCAAGAGUUGCACUAGGAAUAACCACUGUGCUGACAAUGACCACCAUUAGCACUCACCUCAGGGAAACCCUUCCCAAAAUCCCAUAUGUGAAGGCAAUUGACAUCUACCUUAUGGGCUGCUUUGUCUUUGUGUUCCUUGCUUUACUGGAAUAUGCAUUUGUCAACUACACAUUCUUUGGUAAAGGCCCUCAACAUCAGAAGAAAGCAGCAGAAAAAGCCACGAAUGAGAGGAAGAAAAUGGAGAUGAAUAAAGUUCAGAGUCUCUUCUUAAAAAUCUCCAGUGAUGGAGCACCCAUUGUUGAGUCC